AUGUGGAUAUUUUUGGCUUCCGUUUUUCUUUUUUUUGUCCAUCUUUCCACCAUUGAAUGCAGGCCGAACAAAGAAGAGUAUUUCUUGGAGACUUCCGGUUCCCGUGUGGUGGGUGGACAAACAGCUGACGCUGGAGAAUGGCCGUGGCAGGUGUCUCUACAGUUCUACUACGGGGAUUCCUGGAGACACAUCUGUGGAGGCACCCUGAUCCGGCAGAAUGUGGUACUCACUGCAGCACAGUGUGUAUCUGGUCUAAGCGUGUCGUCUCUAAGAGUAGCGGCUGGAAUGUCCAAAAUUUCAGAAGGUGGGAUGACCUCGGGGAUUUCUAAAGCUACUGUGCAUCCCCAGUUUGCUGGCAGUUCACCAGGAUUACCUAACGAUAUAGCCCUAGUGGAGCUACAGACACCAUUUCUCGUGGGCGGAUCCAUUCAGCUCGCCACUUUACCGUCCAGUAAGACGGAGGAUUUCUCUAACAUCGCAGACUGCUGGAUGACAGGAUGGGGGAAAACAGCUGGGAGUGAUCCCAGUAAUUCCGACGCUUUGAUGGAGGCCCAGGUGACAAACAUAAGGAACACCCAGUGCGUGAACCAGUGGACCGGUAUAAAUGGCGUCACCAUUCUGGACUCCCACCUCUGUACCUUUGAAUUGGGGAAAUCUUCUUGUAGUGGCGACAUUGGUGGUCCGUAUGUCUGUAUGAAGGACGGGGUUUUUAAGCUGGCAGGAAUCAUGUCUUGGGGAAUCAACACUUGUAAUGGCGAGUAUCCCAGCGUGUGUGUUCGAGUGUCUCAUUUUCUGGACUGGAUAUCCAUUUCCAUUUGAAAAUAUUUAAA